GCACUCUUAUUCCAACACUCACCCAAGCUUCAAAGCACAAACCCACGUCACUAACAACUCUACUGCAAGGCUUUCUUUCCCAGUUUUCUUAUGGCUAGCCUCAAGCUUGUUUGCGCUUUAGCUUUUGCAUUGUUGGUGGUCGCACCAGUGGCUCUCGCCCUGAACUGCGGUCAGGUGGCCACUGACCUGAGUGCAUGCAUUAACUAUCUGAAAACUGAUGGUACAGGCACUCCACCUGCCGGCUGCUGCACUGGAGUUAAGAACCUAAACAACCAAGCCUCCACCACAAAAGACCGCCAAGAUGCUUGCCGAUGCUUGCAAAACGCCGCUAAAAGUGUCCCUGGAUUGCAGGCGGGGACAGCUGCCUCCCUCCCUUCCAAGUGCGGCGUUAACAUUCCAUACAAGAUUAGCACCUCCACCAACUGCGCUAGCAUCAAGUGAAGUUCAUGGCGUGCUGAUGUUGGCACUAAGCAUAAUAUUAGCGUGUGAAGAAUAAAGUAGGAUGUCUUGUAUCCGAAUGUAUCUCCAUCGUCGUAGCCUAGUUUUUGCCUUUAGAUUUUACGUCGUCGUCUCUUCUAUGGUAGUCGCUGUAUGUCUUUAACAAAAUCUAUGCAGUUAAUAUAAGUUAUAUUAAAUGCUUUUAUUA